AUGCCGCCACGACAGGACCCAACCAAUGCUCAGCUUGCUCAGGCUAUGGCCCAGAUGGCUCAGGUGAUGACCCAGCAGGCUAAUGCGGCUGCUACUCAGGCUGCGGCUCAGGCUGAGCGGGAUGCUGAGGAACAUGUUAGGAGGGCACAGAGAGUGGAACGCGAUCUGGCGCAGGACCAGAUUAGGAUGCAGGCUGAUUUCAACCGACACGGUCCACCUAAGUUUCAAGGUGAGGUGGAGCCGGAAAAGGCUGAUUUGUGGAUUCAGGAAAUGGAGAAGAUCUUUGAAGCUCUCCAUACACCGGAAGGAGAGAAGGUGGGUUUGGCUACCUUCAUGCUGAAGGGAGAUGCUGAAUAUUGGUGGUGGAGUGCUAGACAACUAAUGACCGCCAAUCUGGUGGCCGUUACUUGGGACUCGUUCAAGAGAGCUUUCAUGAACAAGUACUUUCCUGAAACUGCCAGGGAAGAUAUAGAGAACCAGUUCCUCGGGCUGAGGCAAGGAAUCAUGACUGUAGGGAGUAUGCUGCUAGGUUGGAGACUGUCGAGACAUUUAUGUUUCUUUCAGGUGCAAGUGGAUGAACCAUACCUCUGCAACCGUUUUAUGAUUGGGCUAAGGAAUGAUAUUGAGGAGUCUGUAAGGCCUUUGGGAAUCAGGGUUUAUCAACAGCUGGUUGAGAAGGCCCGAGAAGUUGAAACCAUGAAGAAUCGUCGGGGAAGCCGACAAGAGAGUGGAGGACCCAUUCGUACUGGACAGAAACAGGCAGGAAGGACUGACAUGGGUAAGGCACCUCAGAGGAAACCAUACCAACGUCCUAGUGACAAGGUGCCAAUUUCGGGAAAAGGAGAGGCGAUUGUUCCGAAGGAGGACAUUGUCUGUUUCAAGUGCAACCAGAAGGGACAUUAUGCUAAUGAGUGCGGAAAGGAGAUCAUAUGA